CUUAGUGGCUGAGCUGCAGAGGAAAGCCCAGCUUCAGGGAGGAGAGGACGGCUUUCUGUUAAAGAUCAAGCUGGGCCACUAUGCCAAUCAGCUCAAGAGUAUACAGAUGAACAGCUCCUAGAAAUUGAAGAGAGGACGAGGAGAGAAAGAGGAGCAACAGGCAGAGGAGUGUGAACCAGCUGCUACUGCAAGGCCUCAAAGCUCAAGAAACUGGUGGUGUUACUGUGGGUGCUGUGACCCUGUAACCAGAGAGGAAGAAUUUCCAUGUUUGAAAGAGUGGUACUGCCUGUUUCUGCCCGAUAUUGGUGGUCUGGAUGUGUCCAGUAGGGUGAUUACCUCAGACACUACACUACGCUGUGUCACCAUGUCAGAGGAUUUCCCCCCUCUGAUGAACAGGGUUGUGCUCGAGACAUUUUUUCAUGUGCCCAAAAUAAACUGGAAGAGGUGGCCAAGACCAGGGGGACCAAAUGGGCAACUAUCUAUAGAGUAAGUAUAGCUAAAAUGUUUACAUGCAUGUAAAAUGUUUACACAGAAAUGUCUCUUACUGAGUAAUAACUUUUUCUAAUUAGGAUAAAUGGCUUGGAAAUUGAAAGAAUGAAUGAACUUUACCCUUUCCUUUCCUCCAGUGAGUGCAGACUAGUGGCCUACUGUGUGGUGCUGGAGUGGUCGCCUCGGCCGUGGAAAUAGAAAACUGUUGCCUAGCUGCAACAUAGUUGCCAUCAGAAGCAGAGCACUUAUGACCGCUGUCCUUUGGAGCUGGUACGCUGCAUUAAACACAUCCUGCACUCAGAACAGAGACUGGUUCAAGAAGCUACAAAUGCUAGCUGUGGGACUGGGGGCCAGGCUAUGGACAGCCUGUCACAGCGCCACCAGCAGAUAAACCAGGCCUUUGAGGAGCUUCGCCUGGCUACACAGGAGACUGAGAACGAACUGCGAAAGCUGCAGCACAGCCAGGAGUACUUCAUCAUCCAGUACCAGGAAAACCUGCGCAUCCAGGCCCAGCUGAGCAGCCUGUCUUCACUGCCUCCAGCCGAGCGCACCCAGCGAGAGACCACCCUACAGAGCAAGAGGGCCACUGUGGAGGCCUGGCUCACCAGAGAGGCCAGCACACUACAGAAAUACAGGCUUGACCUGUCAGAACAACACCAGAAGACCCUCGGCCUGCUGAGAAAGCAGCAGACUCUAAUCCUGGAUGAGGAACUCAUCCAGUGGAAGAGGAGGCAGCAGCUGGCUGGCAAUGGGGGUCCACAUGAGGGGGGACUGGAUGUCCUCCAGUCCUGGUGUGAGAAGCUGGCUGACCUGAUCUGGCAGAACCGGCAGCAGAUCCGGCGCUGUGAACAUCUAACCCAGCAGCUUCCCCUGCCCGGCCCAAUGGAGGAGCUGCUGAGCAAACUCAAUGGUGACAUCACUGAUAUCAUCUCUGCCCUGGUUACCAGCACCUUCAUCAUUGAAAAGCAGCCACCCCAGGUUUUAAAGACCCAGACCAAGUUUGCAGCCACUGUGCGCCUUCUGGUAGGCGGAAAACUCAAUGUCCACAUGAACCCACCACAGGUCAAGGCAGUCAUUGUUAGCGAACAGCAGGCCAAAGCUCUGCUGAAGAAUGAGAGCACACACAGUGAAAGCAGUGGAGAAAUCCUCAACAACAACUGUGUGAUGGAGUAUCACCAGGCCACUGGUACCCUCAGUGCACACUUCAGAAACAUGUCCCUGAAACGGAUCAAGCGUUCUGACCGUCGAGGUGCAGAGUCGGUGACAGAGGAGAAGUUCACAGUUCUGUUUGAAUCUCAGUUUAGUGUCGGGGGCAACGAGCUGGUCUUCCAUGUCAAAACCUUAUCGCUGCCUGUGGUAGUGAUCGUCCACGGCAGUCAGGACAACAACGCCACAGCAACAGUUCUGUGGGACAACGCUUUUGCUGAGCCUGGCAGGGUGCCAUUCAUCGUGCCAGACAAGGUGCUGUGGCCCCAGCUGUGCGAGGCUCUUGAUAUGAAAUACAAGGCAGAGAUGCACAGCGGGCGUGGCCUGUCAGAGGAUAACCUGGUUUUUCUGGCACAGAAGGCUUUUACAAGCAGCAGCAACAACCCUGAGGACUACCACAACAUGACCAUAUCCUGGGCCCAGUUCAACCGGGAGAGCUUACCUGGACGAAACUUCACCUUCUGGCAGUGGUUUGAUGGAGUUGUAGAGCUCAUGAAGAAACAUCUCAAGCCUCACUGGAAUGAUGGGGCCAUCCUGGGCUUUGUAAACAAGCAGCAGGCACAAGACAUGCUGCUGUCCAAACCCAACGGCACCUUCCUGUUGCGAUUCAGUGACUCUGAGAUCGGAGGUAUAACCAUUGCCUGGGUGGCUGAGAAUCCCAACAAACCAGGCGAGAGGUUGGUCUGGAAUCUUUUGCCUUAUACAACCAAGGACUUCUCCAUUCGCUCCCUGGCUGAUCGCAUCAGUGACCUGAAUCACCUUCUGUUUCUCUACCCUGACCGGCCCAAAGAUGAGGUUUUUGCCAAGUACUACACCCCUCCACUCUCAAAAGCAGUGGAUGGAUAUGUAAAACCACAGAUCAAACAAGUUGUGCCAGAAUUUACCACCCCAAACCCUGAACCCAGCGGAGGGACUCCUACAUUCAUGGACCAGACAACUUCUCCUUCUGUGAGCCACGCCAACAACUUUGGUGUUUACCCUCCAAUGAGUGACACCAUGUUGGAUGCAGAUGGAGACUUUGACCUGGAGGACACAAUGGACGUGGCUCGUCAUGUGGAGGAGCUGCUCCGCAGGCCCAUGGCCAACCAGUGGAGCAGCCAGCAGUCCUGAAGCAGAAACCUGAACCUGCUACACACCUUCAGUUCUUCUCCAUCUUAUUCAACAGAAACACCUACACCUGUAAUUCUUUCUGGGCAGAGCAAGAAAUGUCCUGUUUUUAUCAGUCAAUCUGACAGAUCCACAUUACAAUUCACCAUUCAUCUUCAGUUUUAGCUGCCCACAGGAGUUUUAGAAGAGAAUAGUUUUAGGUAAUGAAUAGCUGUCUGUCUCUGUAAAGAUAGUAAACGUUCUUUCAAGAGUUAGUGUUACUGGCAUUCAACCAAGGCUGGUGUUAACGUCCUCUCCCACUUAUCAAAGUAUCUCUGGGUGGUCAAGUGGAGCUGGUUGUGUCAAUGGGAUUUUUAUAUAAAACAGAGACAUACAGUUAGUUUUUAUGUAAGCUUUGCCUUUAUAUGUACCUGAUGAGCUUUUAGCUGGCACCAGGAUAUUUUUGCAUAAAAUUUCACAGUAGACAAACUAGCUUCUCCUAAAAUUAUUUUUAGAGGUUUUCCUUCUUUCUGCACAGUUUUAUUACAGGAUAUAUUUGUCAGUAAUCUGCACUAGUAUCCAGAAAAUCCAGAACAUUCUUUCUAAAAAAAGAAACAAGUCUUAAAGUGAGACUAUGUAACUUUUGCUGAACAUCAGCCACUGUGAAGACCAGUAGUAUUUACAGGAUGAUGGCAAAUUGAAUUUUCCUCCAUUUGCAAAGUUUUUCUGGCGUCAGGUGCUUUAAAGGCGCCCUCAUUAGGUGGGAAAACAAGUAGAAAUCAAGAAACAUCUCUUCCAGUUAGGUGCAUCAGUGCUGCUGUUUUGUCAUUAGCUUAGCUGUGGCUUAAGCAUUAAGGCAGGUUUAAACCCAUGCUGUCGGAAACAAAAUAAAGUGGUUUCCUAAACCCCACUACUGUGUCCUCAGAAGCUACAGUUUCAACUUCACCGGUUGUUUAGUCCAAACCCAGCUGCUGUGUCCUGUAGAAACCACCUAAACAACACUAGAUGUCAGUGAACCUGAGGUUUUACAUAAACCUGCUGCAUGUCUGGUUUAACUGCGAUUUAAACCAGGUGAAACUGAAGUUUCUGUAAAAAGUGGGUUACUGUUGAUCUGACACACUGAAUAGAAAUGAUGUACUAAUUAACGCAUCAACAGAAGGGGCCAGGUGAUUUGUUGUGUCACCUGAAGUGUCACAAAAAAGAAAAUCAUAGAUGUAUUAUUAGAGCAAUUUCCCCCUCAAUCUUAAUAUACAAAUGUAUUUUACUGAUUAUUGAUAGUGCAGUAGAUUUUGAGGAAACACUUAUUAUUGUACAGGCCAGAUGUUUAACUAUAUGACGUACAUUUAUAUUAAUGUAUAAGUAUAGUAUGAUAUUUUAUUUUGUAAUGAGCAGAACUGCUACUAAAUAAUACACUGUAUUGUUUCAGUGAUAUUUCUAAAAUCUUUCCUCAACAUUUAGAGAAAUGAACUGAAGCUGAACUGUAAAAUAAUAAAGGUUAAAUCAAUUUUUAGAAUUACCAUUUUCUGAGAAUAAUGAACAUUCAACAGUAUUGUGCUGUGUUUCUCUUAAUCGUCAUUAUUUUGACACAGCAAUCAGGUUCAACUCAGCAUGCAGCGAUGCAACUUCUGAUGCUUAAACUUAGAUGCUAAGUGACACAGCAACAGCCUCGGUGUGUUUACUCUGAGUUUUACUGUUUUCUGUAAAAUGCUAAAACAUAGUUUAACAGUAGUGCAGGUCAUAACAAGUCAGGAAGUCAGCAACCUGACUCUGUAAUGUCACAUACACAGUAUUAUAUUGUCAUCAUCUUAAUUUAGCUAACAUCAGCCACUAUAAGCUACGGGUCAUACCAGACCAAGUAAGACGGUAGCAACAAAACCCCACAUUGUACUGCAUUUGACCAGCGUGAGUAUAUUUCUUAUGAAUUCAAAUUUUUGUGAGAAUGAUUUGUUUUAUUUCUUCUUUCAAAGGUUACAUAGUCAGACUUUAAGUUCUGAAAAUGGAAUUUAAAAUCUGUAACUGCUAUAAUGUGGUGCUUUUUGUAUAAUAUUUUUAAUUAAUUGCUUGCAUUACAACCAUUCUCUGAUGUUCUCGUACUACACUGCCAUACAGCAAAAUGUUCAAAUGGUCUUAGGUGCUUUCAUUCGGUCUCACAAAGUCAAUAACUGCUUAUUGAUUUAAAUACAUAGACAAGUCUUGCUGUCAGAUUGAAUUUUGAAUACAAAUGUUGGUACAAUAUGAUCUGUCAAAUGGUAAAAUUAUUCUUAUCUUAUCAUUUACCACUGUGAAUAUGUCAGAACCUGUUUCUGUACCUCAGUUUACUAAAAACAAAGGUGGUCUGUAGUGAGUAAACGCUCAUUACCUUGGUGAAUGUUUGUCCAACAUGUUAGAGAUUUGUUUUGGUCAUUUAGAUUUUAAGGCUGGACUCAUGGGAGUAAAUCCCUGGUGGUCACCAAGUUAGUGUAAAUCUCUACUCAGACUGCAAUUUUUUUACCCAAACUACUUAGAAAGCACAGCUUUGUUUUGGUUGUGUUAAAGGAGUAUUCCAGCGAUUUAGUAUUUCACUUUCAUAAAGUUGGGAUACUUAAAAAGAAUGAUGAAAAUCAAGCUUCGAAAACUCUGGGUCCUACAUUUCCCAUAGUGCAACUUCAUAGCACGUCCCUCUCUGGUAAACCCCUGUCUUUCAAACUCCACAGCUCCAGUCAUUAAGGCAGAUUUACUAAAACCCAAAUUGAGUUUAUUCAGGUGGCUAUCUUCUUAGACUUGACAAAGUCUCUGCAGAGCCACAGAAGACCUUAUACAACUUUUCUCAGGCUGUCCAGAGCCUGCGGGGUCAAAUGGUAGAAAACAAGAUGCAUGCCACAGAUUGAGCACAGAUUAGUAAAUUGAUGGUUAGUUGUAGGUUCAGGCUUAUUCCACACAUAUGCAAACAGUAGGCUAUCAGAAAAAUAGAAUACUAUGACACCUGUCCUCUCCUUUGUGCUGCACAUGAUGAAGUUACUAUCAGCCAAUCGCAGCAGAGUAGACAUUAGACACGGAGCAAGUGUGUUUAAUUAUUUAUACAUCGUUUUUAUGUAUGUGAUAAAGUGCAGGCCAGCCGAUGUAAUUGGAGCUAUAACAACAAAGAAGACUUGUACAAUGGCUAAAAUGCUUCCUGUUUUCAGUCUAAGCACAGCAUACAGGAUAUUAUAGGAUUUUUUUUUACAAUUUUUCUGACGCCAGUUUUCAGUCUGUACUUAUUUAGCUCAUAGAACAAGUAAAUAUUACAUUUCAUUACUUGAAAAGUUUAGGGAAAGCUUCAUUAGUCUCCUCUUUUACUAAAAUUAACAUCAGCGUAUUUAGCAAUUUGUAACUGUAGCAAUCUGUGAGCAUGGAUCUCCACACCAAUAUGUUUUUUCUACUAUAUGACAACCUGCAGUCUCCAUAAGGCUGUGUGGGCCCCCCAAAGAGUUCUCCUUUAACUGUGAGUCAGUGUCAGGUUUCUAAAUGGAGGAUAUCUCACUGUACAUCCAAAACUAUUAACCAAGAUUCAAUAGAAUAACUUGAAGUGACCAUUGUGGGUCUUUCACAACCUUAAUGUACUGUAUUAGGUGCCUGACACUUAAUUUCUGUCCAAAACCAGUGAGCUUGACAUUUUGUCUUUGUGAGCCUAAACUCGGCUGAAACCUAAAACUGUUGAUCACGUUCAACAAUUAAUUUUGAUUAGGAUAUUUUAAAUGCAACUCCAGCUCAGCCACAAAUGACAAACUUGAGCAAGCUACCAAUUUUAAGAGUCAACUCCAACAUCAAGGGUUGUUUUGUGGAGGUGGGACUGGCAAUUACAUUGACUAUGACAUUUUCAUAGAGAAUCUUAAAGAUGUUCUAUUUGUGAAUAUAUGUUGUCGAAAGGGAACCUUAGGUGUAUGGUAUGUGGAGUCUUACAAGCUAAACUUAGUUUAGUAUCUGUCAGAGUCUAUUAGGAAAUGCUCAUACCUCAUACUUUGUAAUAUGACUCAUCAGGGCUGCAACUAACAUUUUUUUUCAUUACAGAUUAAUCUGCCUAUUAUUUUUUUAGAUGAAUCACAAAAUCCACAAAAUGUCAGAAAAUAUUGGAAAAAUCAAACAUUUCUUUACAGUCAAAAUUUCCCAAAGCAAUAUCUUCAAAUUGCUUUUUUUUUCCAACCGCCUGUACAAAAUAUUCAGUUUCCUGUGACAUAAAUCCCUACAGUUGAGAUGCUGAAACUAGAAAAUGUUGUAAUUGUUUGACACAUUUUGCCUGAAAAAGGACUUAAACAAUUAAUUGAUUAUCAAAAUAGUUUCUGAUUAAUUUUUUGUCGACCUGCUACUUGAUCGAUCAAAUAAUCGGAGCGGUUCCACAGCUCAAAAAUCAAUGCUGGUCGUGUGUACAGCUUUCUGAAACCAGAGUACAACUACACCACCAGCUGCAGGUGGAUUCUAUCAAAUCUGCAUCCUCGUGAUUAAAAUGCUGAUGACUCUGCAUAUAAAGCUUUUUCUAGAUUCUCAGUUAUGCUGAAAUAACCCUCAGUAAAUGUUUCUUUUCUGUAAAGCUUUUGUGUGGAGAUACAGAGGCUCUGUAGAUCCGUCUGUGCCUUGUGGUUUGUCAAGGGACAGCACUGUCCAUGCAGGACAUUUUGAAGCCAUUGUCAUUAACACUGCACUAAUACCAGCCUCAACCGAGAAAUGUUAAAUCUUUAGAAAACAGAACUCACCCAGAAUGAACGUUAACACAUUAAACCUCAGGAAAAGUCACUGUGAAAUAAAGGUAGAUGAGUCCAAAUCAACCAAAUAUUCCUGAUGACUCGAGUGUCAAUGGAAUACUUUUCUAACUCUCUCUCUCUCUCUCUCUCUUGCCUCUUAGGUUUAUUGUUAGAUUGUUAAAUGAAAGCUGAAACACAAACUAUGAUUGUGUACUAAAUCAAGAAAAGCAAACAAGCACUUUGUUGCUCACACCAGCAAUUAUUUGAUGUUUUUGCUAAUGAAUUACUUCUCCUGCUUGUCCUUGAAUCAGGUUAAUGUUCUGUAUGUGUGUCCUCAGUGUAAUUCAGUUUUCUAGCUCGCUGCUGCCAUGUGUUUGCUGGCUUCUGUACAGUCUGUUGCCUGUUUGGGGAUUUCUUAUUUACUUCCACACUGUGCUACAUUUUGCUGGAAUUUAGAUGUUUAAAUUGGGGACAUGGAAAUAAAUUUUUUUUUA